AAUCUUUGACAAGCCCAAGACCGUGAAAAAGGUAAAAGAAAUCCAGUCCACAUUCACUUUUUAUAUUAAAAAUUUGUAAUUUUGUGUUUUUUUUUUCAUCAAAUCAGAGACACCACUUAUGAACUUGGCAAUUAAAGAGUUAAAAUCAUGGAAAUUUUGUAAGCAUUGAAGGAUUUUGUGUAUAUUUCUUUAUGCGUAAUCUAUGUCUGAUGUGUUACGUUGCAACUGUGCCCUGAUGUUACCAACUUUAUUAUUAGUCUGAUUCCUUACAAAUGUGACCUGAUGUUAUCAACUAUCCAAAUGGCCCAUACAGUUACCCCUCAGGUCAUUAUUAGGUCACAUUCUCGUAGGUUCUCCGGGGGUGUGAUUGUCACCUCAGAGAUCAAAGUCUCCAUGGGGUGCCAUUGUAUUGUUUGUGUAAGAUGUAUAAAGGUCUGCUCACACAGGCAGACCUUUGGGUUAAGAAUGUAGAAGGUUGACACGACAACAUCGCUCCUGAAGAACAAUGCUACAUAAGAACCUUCAUUAAAUCUCUUUUCCCCACAUGCACUUGGUCCUGCUUAUUAUUUUACGUAUUAGAUACAUUCUAAUACGUUGGCGAGCCAUGAAAGACUGAGCAGCCAAAUUCAAGAAAAUCUAACAAUUUGGCGAGCCAGCCAGGAGAGACAGAUAAGAAGAGCACUCAUCACUGCAACAAGACGAGAACUGAAGAAUUUGGAAGAUUCUAGUUUCUGAAGAUUAUUGAAGACAAAUCGUUUGUGGACUUUGUUUGUGGAAGCAACUACCUUGAUGACUUUGUCUUAAAAAUUUUCAUUUGGUGAGUGAAACUUAUCAGCUCUCUUAAAGAACUACUUAAGAAAUUAAGCAGACCAAUGUUCAUAGUGUAGCAUUGUUAAUCAUUUCAGACUUGGUCCUUUCUCUAAAUGUCUGUAGGAAUUGUUAAGGAACAAUUUAGUCCGUUCAUCUAGAGAUUGUAGAAGUAGAAGCUUGGUCCCUUCUCUAAAUGUCUGUAGGAAUUGUUUAGAAACAAUUUAGUCCGUUCAUUUAGAGAUUGUAGAAGUAAAAGCUUGGUCCUUUCUCUAAAUGUCUGUAGGAAUUGUUAAGAAACAAUUUAGUCCGUUCAUCUAGAGAUUGUAGAAGUAGAAGCUUGGUCCUUUCUCUAAAUGUCUGUAGGAAUUGUUUAGAAACAAUUUAGUCUGUUCAUCUAGAGAUUGUAGAAGUAGAAGCUUGGUCCUUUUUCUAAAUGUCUGUAGGAAUUGUUAAAGAACAAUUUAGUCCAUUCAUCCAGAAACUGUAGAAGUCACAGAAAUAGUUUGGGACUGAUAUUGCUGCAAGAUUUUAGGAUUCUUGACUGGGUGCAAAUCAGUAGCCACUAUUUGGUUAGAUUCUAACAAGGUUAGAAAAAGAUGGUCUAGAACCAAAAUUAUGGAACUUUAAGUCAAUUUGCCUUCCAUUGAAAGAUAUGGAAAGUUCUGAGUGACAAAUAGAAAACUAAGAACUGUAAUUGAGCAUUCUGAAGUAGGAUUAAGAAAGAAUUUGAGAUUUUAAAACUGUGAAGGCUAAUGUUUAUUGGUGUGCAAACAGACAUUUUAUUAUGGUUCUCUUGCUUUCUUAAUUGUAGUAUUAAGAACUAAACAAUAAGAUAGCACAAACUAAUUAUUGUUAUUAAGAGUACAUUUAAUGUAUGUUUGACUGGGUUUGUCUGUAUACUCCAAAUGGUCAGUCUGAAUAAGCACCUUUAACAGAUCUAACACCUUUUGUUUUGUUUUCACACCUCUGAGGGCACUUCUCCUGUACUGGCCAUGGCUGAGUCUAUUAUGAAAAACAAUGGUUGUGGAUCUAACCCGAGACCAACUACAGAAAGGCAUGGAACAGAACCUCCAAAUGUAACCAUUGAUCAGAUGAUGGAAAAUCUGAAUGCAUAUUUGGACAAAAGACUGGAGAUAAGGACAUGCCAUGAUGACAUCUGUAGAAAAUACAGUAUCAAGCACUCAGAGAGUGGACAAUGGGCUUUGCCGGACAUCAAAAGGGCUUUUGGAAAGACACAGCGCUUAAGGACAAACACCAGGAAAGAUGGAUGGUCUGUGAUUUUGCUCAAACAAAUUCAACAGCACCUGCAGAAGUGUGAGAUGGACAAACUACAAUGUGAGAUUGAAGCUGAGAAGGCUAAGGUUCGAGGAUUAUCUGAACGACUGCAAAAUGAAAAAAGAGACAAAGAGAAACUGUUAAACCAGAUUGAGAUGUUGCUAAAUUUGAUUUCAAGACAAAUUGAAUCAAAAGACUGUUUUAUAACACAGGCAUCAACUAAAGAAACUAGCAGCUGCAACAAGCAAGUAACUGAACAACAGGUUACUGAAAAUCAACAACGAAUGGCUCUGCUGAGAGAGCUACCACAUGAUCACUGUGAAAGCGGUGAUUUAGAUAGAGAGACUAAAUCAUCUAUUCACCCCUAUGUCCCAAAGAGCAGAUCUAUGGUCAGACUCGCUCCUGUUAUUGUCAAAAAUAGAAGGACUGAAAUUGAAGUUAACAAUGAGGAGGAAUAUGAGGAGAAUGGAGAGAGACAAACUCGCACUGUGACAAAAAUGGUGAAGACAUAUGUUCCACAUAGAACAUACCAGCCAGCAACACCAGAGCAGAUUGACAAAUGGUCAAGGGAACUGCCAGAUGUAUACAAACAUCCACGGAAGGUUUGGCAAGUUCUACAAAGACUGCACAAAAUCUACACACUACAUCCAUUAGAUGGAGUAGUCAUUAUCAAUGUCAAUUUGAGGGACAGUGACCAAAGCAGGCUAACUGAAAGUGUCAGCAUCAAAGUUGGUGAGUCUCAAGAGAACAUUGAAGCUGGAUGGGAAGCCGUAAAGACAUUCUUAUUUGAAUUAAAACCUGCAGAGAUUAAUUGGAGUAAAAUUACAUCUUGCAUGCAGAAGACAGGGGAAAGUGUCACAGAGUUUGAAGAUCGCUUCAAACAAACCUGGCUAGAACAUGCUGGUUUGAAUGACAGUGAGGAGUUUGACAAGGACACUGGUAUGCCUUUAAAAACUGCAUUUGUUAAUGGACUGAAACCAGAGAUCUCUAAAGCUCUGAAAAUUCGUUAUGAUGACUGGGACAGCAUUGGGGUUGCUUUUAAUCAGCUGGUUGAAUGGUCAACAAAGAUUGAAAGAACACAAGAUGUCCAGCUGAGAGCCUUACAAACAAAACCUGUGAAGAGCAACAAGAGAGUGGAACAUCACAAACACACAAGUGCAAACACCAAACAUGGAAGAUGCAAGUAUUGCAACAAGGAAGGACACUGGAUUCGAGAUUGCAGCCUGAAAUUAAGAGACAAAAAUGUUGAUGAGGACCACCUGGAUAGAAGAUUUCAGCAGCUGACAGUAGAACAAAAACAGACUCUACUAAACGCUGUUCAGUGGCAGCGAAACUAGAGACCCCCUCUCUACAGCACCAGCUAGUGGCAUUUCCUCCAAGACCAGAUGGAGUUUUUAAAACAGAAGCAUACAGAGAAAACUCAACAAUAGAAGCAAAAGGUGAUGUCCUAGCAGAUGAUGCUGUUAGUCAAGCCGUGAAGGGAGAGGGGUGCACAAGCGGCAUUAAGGAAUUUCAAACAAGAAAGACACUUGACUUUAGACAUUAAGCAAGUUGAAGAUGACGUCUCCUGAGAACAAAUGUUGUUGAUGAAAGGUUCAGCAAAACAGAGGGACGAUAAGCAAGACCGCAAUUAUGCCCAUAAGAAACCUGGAUUAAGCCCUUUAAAAAAUGUCACAGGCAGGCCCAUGCCCAUACUCAGAACAGAAGACAUGCUUAAAGCUCAUAUGAAUGACAAGUCCUGAACGACCCCGAACACCUCAGCCUGGCAGUACAGAAUCCUGAAGAGCAAGUUCUAAAUGUGUGACAUUGUGAGUUAAUUAGUCUGCCUAGAGAUGAGGGAUAGAUGGCAGUAGUGUUUAUUAGAGUCCAUAUAUUGCGGGACUAGAGUUUUUAGGCUCUAGCAUGUCGUCUGAGGAUGAAGAGGUACACAUACCACCACUGGUAAACACUGUAGUGUCCUGCCAAAAUUAAAUAGGGACAGUUUUAGGUAGAAGUUGUUUGUGAAUAAUCUGUUUUCUUUGGCAAGAUACGUUUCCCUUUUCUCUUGUGUGUGAUUGCAGGUGUUCCGGUGUUUCAGUGUUCCUGAGAAUAAGCAAAGACCUCCUAUGUUUGACACCUUUACCAAGCAGAAACCUGGGAAGAUCCACAGAGCACAUCCACAUUCGCCAUUUCCACAUCUCCACAACGUGCUAUAACCCGCAGGACUCAGCAGAGUGCAAAAAGACCAAAACGCAACCACAUCCGUCAAGUCCACAUGAUUACAACUUUUAAAUGAAAGUUUAAAAAAAGGACUCACAAAGAAAUCCAUCCAUUUUUACAGUGAAACCUUUUUUAGGGUUCACAAGCGAGAACCUGUAUACUGCAUGUGUAUGAUUGACAAAAUCUUUCAUUUUAUUUUUUGUGUGAUCAAAUAUGAUCAAAUGGGGGAUUGAAGGAUUUUGUGUAUAUUUCUUUAUGCGUAAUCUAUGUCUGAUGUGUUACGUUGCAACUGUGCCCUGAUGUUACCAACUUUAUUAUUAGUCUGAUUCCUUACAAAUGUGACCUGAUGUUAUCAACUAUCCAAAUGGCCCAUACAGUUACCCCUCAGGUCAUUAUUAGGUCACAUUCUCGUAGGUUCUCCGGGGGUGUGAUUGUCACCUCAGAGAUCAAAGUCUCCAUGGGGUGCCAUUGUAUUGUUUGUGUAAGAUGUAUAAAGGUCUGCUCACACAGGCAGAUCUUUGGGUUAAGAAUGUAGAAGGUUGACACGACAACAUCGCUCCUGAAGAACAAUGCUACAUAAGAACCUUCAUUAAAUCUCUUUUCCCCACA